CAUUCUUUCCCUAUCAUUUGGGUCACUUCGCUGCUCUGGGUCUCAGUUGCCAGAGUCUGAUUUCCGCUACACACAUGGAUGGCCUGGUUACCAGCCUGAUGGGUUACGUCAUCGUCGCAGCUGUCCUGAUGUUGCUUCACUGUAUUUUCCGAUUUUGGAGAAUGCCUAA